AUGGUGAAGGUUAGAGUCAACAGAUUAGGCCAUAUUAGGCACCUGGUGACCAAGGCUGCAUUCACUUCAGGUGGAGUAGACAUCAUGGGCAUCAAUGACCCCUUCAUUGACCUCAACUACAUGGUUUAUGUGUUUCAUUAUGAUUCCACCCAUGGCAAGUUCAAGGGCACUGUCAAGGCUGCAAAUGGAAAGCUGAUGGUCAAUGGAAAAAACAUUACCAUCUUCCAGGAACAGGAUCUCCCCAGUAUUAAAUGGGGGGAUACUGGAGCUGAGUAUGUUAUAGAGUCCACUGGAGUCUUUACCACCAUGGAAAAGGCUGGGGCUCACUUGAAGUGUGGAGCCAAGAGGUUCAUCAUCCCUGCUCCUUCUGCUGAUGCCCCAAUGUUUGUGAUGGGAGUGUACCAUGAGAAAUAUGAUAAUUCUCUUAAGCUUGUCAGUAAUGUUUCCUGCAUCACCAACUGCUUGGCCUCCUUGGACAAGGUCAUUUAUGACAACCACGACAUUGUGGAAGGACUCAUGACUACAGUCCAUGCCAUUAGUGCUACUGAGAAGACAGUAGAUGGACCCUCUGGUAAGCUGUGGUGUGAUAGGCUUGCUGAUGCUCAAAACAUCAUCCCUGCUUCCACUGGUGCUGCUAAGGCUACAGGCAAGGUCAUACAUGAGCUGACUAGGAAGUUCACAGACAUGGCCUUCCUUGUUCCUACUCUCAAUGUAUCAGUUGUGGAUCUGACCUGCUGCCUGGAGAAACCUGCCAAAUAUGAUGAUAUCAGGAAAGUGGUGAAGCGAGCAUCAGAGAGACCUUUGAAGGACAUCUUGGGGUACACAGAGAACCAGGUUGUAUCCUAUGAUUUUAAUGGCAACACCCACUCUUCUACCUUUGAUGCUGGUGCUGUUAUUCUCCUCAACAACCAUUCUAUCAAGCUCAUUUCCUGGUAUGACAAUGAGUGUGAAUAUAACAAUUGUGUAGUAGACCUCAUAGUCUACAUGGCCUCCAAAGAGUGGAAAAAUGGAAAGCCAUGGACCUUCAUCCCUAAUCAAAAAAAUGGAAAUCCAUCCCUGUGGAGCCUAUAUUCCUAA